UGACGAAGUCAAGCUACGGGCGCUGGAAUCAAUACUGGUAUCGCUUUACGUUUUCAUGCUGGAGAACGUGACUGGGAAUCAAAGUGGAUAUCUCAUAUCAAACUUCUACACUGACAGACCAGCUGAAUUCACGGAAUGAACUAGCAAAGUGGAGUUGUUCAAGUGAGACGUUUUCUACACGCCAAUGGGAGGGGAAGUGUUCCCUGCGUCAUUCUCUGUGAUACUCACGAUAUUGAUAACAGCACAGUUUCUUUUGGGACUUAUACUUAAUCUUGGAAUUUUGAUAAGUUCUGUAUCUCAGCAAAUUUUCCAUGUGAAGAGAGGCAAUCUGUUUGUAAGGACACUGGGAUGGAUCGACACCUUCAUAUGUUUAACACUAAUGCCAUGUACAUUUGCAAUCCUUAUCAUGUUCCCCAAAGUUAACAUUAUGUUAUGUGCCUUUCACGAGGGUGUAAUAUCUAUGUCUAUAUCGGCAACUACGACAUGUGUUCUGUUUAUAUCUCUUGAUCGCUAUGGAGCCAUUGUCACUCCGACAGUACAGCGACUAACACACAAAAAUUUCCACUUUGCGAACGUUUUGAUUUGCAUAAUGUCUGUUUUAGGCUUUUUGUUACCAGUUAUGAGUCUCUGUUUCGUCACAUCUACAGAUGUUCUGACACAAAUAACGCCUUCUGGGGUUUUUUGCCGUGACCUUCUUUUGAGCGCCAGUUCUUUUUACAUCUAUGAAGUGUAUUUCGUGGGCUUAGCUUCAGUUUCAACUAUUUCGACAACGAUAUGUUAUGUGAGAAUAUACAACAUUGCUAAGAAGCGAAUGAAGGCAAAAGCAGUAUCUAAUGCUAAUAACGAAGGUGCCAAGAUGAACGGAGCAAGACUUGUGUUUAAGCUUCAAGAACGGAAAACAGCUUGGCUCACGCUGGCUAUUGUAAGCACAUUUUUCCUUUCAUGGGGGCCUUAUAUUCUCAUCGCCAUAUUACAGGUGUUGCUGCGCAUUACAUUGCCGUUAGAGAUGUCCAGAAUGUGUCUUCUAUCACUUGGAAUGUGCUCAACAGUUCUGCAUCCCAUAUUCUAUACCUUUCUCAACAAAAAGGAAAGUCGUCAUGAUCAGUUGAAACGGAUAAUGAUAGAAGCAGGAAGAAACCGAUUACGCGAGCAACAAGCAAAGGAAGCGACAUCGACAGUACACAGCCUUGUACAUAGGUCUAUUUCACAUAGCAUUUCAAUAGGUGUCGGCAAUAAACACGACCUGGAAAUAUUUACAACGUGUCAGGAACACCCUAAAAUCGGUAUAACUGACAAUAGCACGGACGAUGUGUUUGAAGAUAACCAGAGUCAUGUAAAUGUAGCAGGAAAACUCUUUUCUGGUCGAAGUGUCAAGGCUUCCACCCAUCGUACUGGUAGUGUGUCCUCCCUAUCUGAAACAGGUGCCACGCGUGUUUCGUUAUCUUCCCGUCCCUCUGUUGGUCAUACGUACAUGGAUGUCCAAGGUGUACAUUCCAAAAACCGUUUACCGGUAUCUCGUACAAGAUCAUUAGACAUCAGUAAAUGUCCAACUGAUACAAAUGAAUGUUUUGGUUUUACUGUAGAAUCCAACAGAGGGCAUAUACCACUGAGUAACUAUGGAAGCGGAGGACAUAUACCACUGAGUAACCAUGACAGCGGAGAACAAUAUACUAACGCAGCCUUUGAACAUUGAUAUAACAAUUUUUCGCAGACACAAUUGCUGUGAACAGUUCCUUAAUAGACUCUGAUCUUGAAGGAGAACAAUUGGUAGAAAGACCUUUAUUUGUUGAAUCCAAACAUAUUCUCAGUACAAAACUAAUUAAUGUUCGAAAUUAAAUGUCUGCUGAUUUCUGAUUGUAUGGUUCUGACAUGCUAAUUGAACACGUAUACUGUCGUCAUGAUGUCACAGUUGAUGGCCUCCGUAAUAACAGAAAACUUAGCGGUCUUGGUUUCAAAGGACCAGUUUAUAACGUGUGAGUCUACUUUGUGUUAAAGCGGACAUUAUGAUUGAUGCGUUGCUGUUUGUGUAUAUUUUUAUUUUGAAGAUGAGUUUAACGUUCUGCUAUCUGCAGUGUCACCAGAACAUCAUAUCAUGACAAUGUAUAUAUAUAUACACAUGUACUUCAUCGAACCAUAGUUAACGAUUGUGACGUUGAUCAAUGUCAGUUAAUUACCUUCAGAGACAUUGUUUUCGGUUUGACAUUACUAUGUGACACAUUAAACAGACAAAUGCGGGUACAGUAAAAUAUAUAUUAGUACAUGUUUUUGUAAGGUUUUUGUGAUAACCAUUUUUUAUAAUCAUAUACGAUGUAUUAUCAUUAUUGUGUUUUUACCAAUCAUCAUAAUAUCAUAUUAUGUGUAAACCGUUUCUACUGUUUUAAGGGAGUAGCCGAGUAAUACGUUGGUUAACUUGUGCCUGACCAUUUUGUGCAUUACAAGUACGAGUACUCGACAUAAUGAUAAUUGAUGUUAGAAUGUUGGAGUAUUUUAGCAUCACCAUAGGACAAAUAAACAGGUUGUGGAUGUGUAAAGCAAGUCUUAGACCGGGAAAGACUGGCAUGCCUUAUUUCAUUAAAUAUAUGUUCAUAAAGGUUGAAAAAUAGCAAUAUUUAGAGGAGGAAGAAAUUGAUUUGAGACAUUAAAAUGAUACCCAUAUUAUUGGUAAAAUAGUCAGCUGUUUUCUAUUAUGUAGCAAAAUUUACAUAUAUACAUGACUACAUGUAUAUCGUAAACAUGUGGCGUAAAUCUACCACGUUUAUCAAGGCUAUCUCGUUCACAUGACACUAUGAGACACACUUCUGUAUUCAUGACAUUAAAACCAACAUUCACAGCAGUUUAUAAAGUUUGAACCAUGCGUAAAAUCCCAUGAGUUUUGAAAAACUAAUUUGUUUCGGCAAAGUAUUGACAUAGCAAUGGUAAUGAUAUAUGCUACGCUUUUGGUAGAUUUGUUUUUGUUUUCAGAAAUGGCCGAUUAUAUUGAUUAUAUUGAAGAGCUAGCAGAUGCGUUACAAAGACCUCUAACAAUACAAAUUGCUCAGGACAUUGA